AUGCCAACCAAUGCUCGUCCAGGAGGUCAACCUCAGAAGGCUGCAUCUGCACAACGGUUUUUGGAGAAAGCUGUGAUCUUAGAGGCUGAAGACUUCCCUUCUCUAAGAGCCACGUUCAGCUCAGUUCCAAGGCAGAGAGAGGCAUUGAAGCAGAAGCAGGAGCUAAAAGAAGAAGAACGUGGCCAUACCCAUACCCAGUGCUCAGUUUUGAAGAUUAGCGAUUUUGGUUUUGCAAGAUACUUAAUGCCACAAGGAUUAGCUGACAGAUUUUGUGGUUCUCUUUUAUACAUGGCUCCUGAGAUAAUUCAAGACAGAAAAUAUGAUGCCAAGGCUGACUUGUGGAGUGUUGGCACAAUUUUGUUCCAGCUGCCUUUUCUGAAUAUAAUGGCAUCUCAUGAACUGCAUUUUCCAGAAGAUGUGAGUUUACAUCCUGAUUGUACACACAUAUGCAGGAGACUUCUCCGUCGAAAUCCAGUUGAGAGGUUGUCAUUUGAAGAAUCCUUCAAUCACAAUUUCCUAGCCACACUCAGGACAAUUGAUACACCUAGUGAAUCUAAAAACCCUCUAGAUGAUGGUGCAGAUGAUGCUGGGCCAUCACUUUUAUCAGAUGUUUCUAACUCGAAAAUUGCAAGCAUGGAAAAGAGUUUUACGUGCUUAAAUAGUAUAAGAGUUUUUGACUCAUUGGAAUUCAUUGAACAAGACCAUUUUGCAUCCAUGGAGACUUGUACACCUUUUUUGCAGCCAUCCUUGAAUGAAAAUUCCACAAGUAUUGAAGGCGUCUCCAACAGGCUGGAAGACACUUUCGUACUGUUCAUGGGAGACAUCUUUCAAGCCAUUGAAAGCAUCUUCCAUGAGGCAUUCAGCUCCUCAGCUGAUCUUCUUCGCGUGGGUGAUGCUCUGUGCGACCCAAUCACGACGUUGACAACUGAAGCACACUUUCUCAACCAGCAAUGUCAUCAAAAGGAUGACAUCUCUCAAAAUAUUUUAGAAGAAUUGGAUUUCACAAAUCCAUUACAAGUUUUCUCUUGGGCUGAGAGAGGAUUUCUUAUUGCAUACGAUCGAGUUGAAAAGUUAUCUAGUAUUGUUCAACAUUUGGACGGUGAAGCAGAGAUGCCAAAUGCAAUGGAGAUUAUAUUCCAGAUGGUUUUAACAGUUGGGAAAAAUGGAGUUGUGGAAGAGCCUAUGGGACAAUUUAGUAAAACAGUCAACAAUAGGCAGUCCCUCACUUUUGCUAAGGAGAUGUCCUAG